AUGGCUCCUUCUGCAGUGACUCCCCAGCACAUCCUGGAAAAAGAGGAUAAAGAGAGAGAUGCAGCAUUCAACAAAGUUCUGCACGGAAAGUCUGCUACAGCACAAGGUGGCUUCAUGGCCAUGCGGAACAAGGAUGCUAGAGCUCAGAAAGAGGCCGUCGACGAGUAUUUCAAGCAUUGGGACAACAAGCUUGCUUCAGCAGAGACCGAGGAAGUAAGAAAGGCACGUCGAGAUGAAUAUGCUACUUUGACAAGGCAUUACUACAACCUAGCGACCGAUCUCUACGAGUAUGGCUGGGGCACGUCCUUCCACUUCUGCCGUUUCGCUCCUGGCGAAGGGUUUCGUCAAGCUAUUGCACGUCACGAGCAUUACCUUGCCCUGCAGAUGGGCAUAAAAGAGAACGCUACUGUCUUGGACGUUGGCUGUGGAGUUGGUGGUCCUGCGAGAGAAAUGAUCAAAUUCACUGGUUGUAACGUGGUUGGUUUCAACAACAAUGACUACCAGCUGGAGCGUGCUGCUAGGUAUGCAGCUAAAGAAGGUCUUGGUGAGAAGUUCAAAGGUAUCAAAGGCGACUUUAUGCAGAUGCCAGAAGAGUUUGCCGAGACCUUCGAUGCAGUCUAUGCUAUCGAGGCUACUGUUCAUGCUCCUCGAUUACAGGGUGUCUACGAACAGAUAUACAAAGCCCUCAAGCCAGGUGGUGUCUUUGGCGUAUAUGAGUGGUUGAUGACUGACAACUACGACAACGAUAAUGCUCGCCACCGAGAGAUUCGACUUGGUAUUGAGCAAGGAGAUGGCAUCUCAAAUAUGGUCAAGAUCUCAGACGGCCUCGAGGCCAUCAAAGGCGCUGGCUUUGAGUUGUUACACGCGGAAGAUCUAGCAGAUCGUCCAGAUGCUGUUCCUUGGUACUAUCCUCUGGCUGGCGAACUCAAGCACGUACGCAGCCUGGGUGAUCUUUUUACCGUUGGCCGAAUGACUUGGUUGGGUCGAUCCGUCAUACACAAGUGCGUUGGUUUCGGCGAAACUCUUGGCGUAAUUCCCAAGGGUACUCAGAAGACAGCUGAUAGUCUCGCCAUGGCUGCUGACUCCUUAGUGGCAGGUGGUAAGGAGAAACUGUUUACACCAAUGUACUUGAUGGUCGCGAGGAAGCCUAUGAAUGCGAACUAG